UAAUGUUUGGCUUCACGCGCUAAGCUCCUGGUCAGUCAGUCAGUCAGUCAGUGGAGUCGGUGUUGCGUGUUCGGCCGUUGAGGGUAAAGAAGAUGGCAGACGGGGCUGUUGUGGAUGGAGAGAAACUCAGCAAAAAGACAUUCGCAUCAUGUUGAAUUUGGUCAGAAUAUGCAGGCUGCACGCGUGCAGGUUGCAGAAGUUUGCUCAUCCCUGCUCCCAAUCUCAGCCUUUGCUUGUACAAGGAAGUCGCUGGAGAAGUGACAAAAGUGAGCUGAAACGGCGAAUGAAAGCUGAGAAGAAAGCAGCUGAGAAGGAUGCCAAGGCUAAAGAACAGCCGGAACCGAAGCAGACCACUGACAAAUCGGAGCAAAGCGCUUAUGGAGCAGAUGAGGAAACUCUGGACCCAAACCAAUACUUCAAGAUACGUUCACAAGCUAUUCAAGCUCUGAAGGGAACUUCUGAAGAUCCGUACCCUCACAAAUUCCAUGUGGAUUUAUCGCUUACAGACUUUAUUGAGAAAUAUAAUCACCUACAACCAGGAGACCACCUGACGGAUGUUGUUCUCAAUGUAUCGGGUCGUGUACAUGCUAAGAGGGCUUCGGGUGCCAAGCUGCUGUUUUAUGACCUGCGUGGAGAGGGAGUCAAAUUGCAGGUCAUGGCAAACUCCAGGAACUAUAAAUCAGAAGAAGAUUUUUUCCACAUCAACAACAAAUUAAGACGCGGAGACAUCAUCGGUGUUCGCGGUAAUCCCGGCAAAACAAAAAAGGGCGAGUUGAGCAUCAUCCCAGUCGAGAUGACACUGUUGUCUCCAUGUCUUCAUAUGCUUCCCCACCUUCACUUUGGCCUAAAAGACAAGGAAACCAGGUUUAGACAACGAUAUUUGGACCUGAUUCUGAAUGACCCUGUGAGACAGAAGUUUGUUACUCGUGCCAAGAUUAUCACCUAUCUCCGCAGCUUUCUGGAUGAGCUUGGCUUUCUUGAGAUUGAGACUCCAAUGAUGAACGUAAUACCUGGUGGUGCUGUAGCUAAACCGUUUAUAACCCACCACAAUGAGCUGAAUAUGAAACUCUACAUGAGAAUCGCCCCUGAGCUUUACCACAAGAUGUUGGUAGUCGGAGGCAUUGAUCGCGUUUACGAGGUUGGCCGUCAGUUCCGUAACGAAGGCAUUGAUCUCACCCACAACCCAGAGUUCACCACAUGCGAGUUUUAUAUGGCUUACGCAGACUAUAACGAUCUGAUGGAAAUCACAGAGAAGCUUCUCUCAGGAAUGGUGAAGCACAUUACAGGAGGUUACAAGGUCACCUAUCAUCCUGAUGGUCCAGAGGGAGAUGCCCAUGAAAUUGACUUCACUCCUCCGUUUAGAAGGAUCAGUAUGACUCAUGACCUUGAGAAGGAAAUGGGGGUGAAGUUUCCAGCUCCAGAGACCUACGACAGUGAUGAAACGCGCAAAUUCUUCGAUGAACUUUGUACUCAGAAAGAAGUUGAAUGUCCUCCUCCUAGAACAACCGCACGUCUUCUUGAUAAGUUGGUGGGAGAUUUCCUGGAGGUCAAGUGCAUCAAUCCAACCUUCAUCUGUGAUCACCCACAGAUCAUGAGUCCUCUAGCAAAAUGGCACAGAUCUGAGAAAGGUCUAACUGAGCGAUUUGAGCUUUUUGUGAUGAAAAAGGAGAUUUGCAAUGCUUACACUGAGUUGAACGAUCCGGUCCGACAAAGAGAACUGUUUGAGCAGCAGGCUCAGGCCAAGGCAGAAGGUGAUGAUGAGGCGAUGGUUGUCGAUGAGACCUUCUGCACCGCUUUGGAGUAUGGCCUUCCACCCACUGCAGGAUGGGGCAUGGGUAUUGAUCGUCUCGCCAUGUUCCUCACAGACUCCAACAAUAUCAAGGAGGUGCUCCUCUUCCCUGCCAUGAAGCCUGAAGACAAUAAACCAGCUCCAACUGCAGAGGGCACAUCGGUGUAACAUUGAUACAGACUUCAUCUGCUGCAGCACAAAGGGCCAAGCUAUUGUCACUAUUAAGGGUUAAAUACUGAAUAUUAAGACCUAUGCACUGUCCAUACUUGAGGUGAUUUCAGCUGUUGUUUUAAUGUACGGCUCACUGUUUUAUGGAAAAUAGGAAACCUGUUGUCCUUUCUCUGUUUUCAUUGUGAUUUUCUGCAGUUUUGUGGCCUGGGUCUAUUGAACGAAUAUUGUAUUUCAUCUACAUUUGGGUGUUUUAUGAUCUUCUGUCUAGGUGUAUUUUUUUAACAAUCUUAAAAUGGCUGUACAAUGGAGUCAUUAAAUAAAUACAUAGGCAGAUCUAA